ACAUAAUUCCUGUUGUGACAACAAACGUAGUACCAACACUCUUUGUCCCACGUUUGUCAGAAAGGUUCGACACUCAUCUGUCGGCGUAAGAGAGAUCUUGUGUAAGAAAGAAUCAUCAAAGGGGGUUGAGUUUGGGGUUUUGGACGGCAGUACUUUACGCGUAGGAAUUGUCUACUCCCGUUGGAACGACAAAAUUGUGCGAAGUUUGUUGAAAGCUUGCAAAGAUACCUUGUUCGCUCACAAGGUAGACCCCAGCAACGUUGUCGAAUUUGAAGUUCCUGGUUCUUUUGAACUGCCCACUGCGGCAAGAUAUAUGACUUUCUCGCAACGAGUGGACUGUAUCAUAUGUAUUGGCUGCUUGAUAAAGGGAGAGACAUCUCACUAUGAGAUGAUUGCACAGGCCGUUACUAACGGAUUGAUGGAGAUCGGCAUUACUUCCAAUAUUCCAGUGGUUUACGGUGUUCUUACUUGUUUGACGGAAGAACAAGCAGUUGCACGUUCCAGUGGAGAUGACAAUCAUGGAAUAGCAUGGGCAAAGACUGCUAUUGAAAUGGGUAACUUGAAACUCAGUCAAUUUGGUCAAACAAAGGUUGAAAGAGCAAUAAAAUUUUGAAUUCGACAUAGUAUGACAUGAUGUACAGACCUAAUGAAAGAUCUCACUCCACG